GAUUAAUGAUUUUAAUUGCGUUUAUCUCAUCAAGGAGAUCAAAAUCGAAAAAUAUCAGGAUACAACUUUUUAAUUAGCAUUAAAUGACCAACACAAUUUUACAUGACAAUUUUACUUGUACACUUGUACCCUUCUUGUACUUAUGUCAAAAUUCUGACAUUAGAAAAUAAACCUUAGGAUAAUUUAUACAUGUAUUUGAUACUUUACUUGUUAACUAUUAUUUAUAAUAUAGUGAUUGGAACAAUAGAUUUAAAUACAGCUGAAUUACAGUACCUUGCAGAUCACUUAACACCAGAAGAAUGUCGCAGAUUAGUGGCAGCUGCACACUUUCAUGGUUUUGAAGAACCUAAUGCACUUGACAAAGCUGACAGAAAAGUUCCUAAAGAUAUAUUAUGUAUUGAUCACCUCCAUCACUGGAACGCACAGCAAGGAGAAGGUAAAGGUGAAACACAUGAAGUUUUAGAACAUAGGCUGAGACAAAUGGGAAAAACUGAAUUAGCAGAUUGGUUAGGCAAAAUAGUGUUUCGCCAAUUAGGAAUAGACUUGGAAAAUGCCAUAAAUAAAGAAAUCAUAGAUUAUACUGAAAAAUUAAGCACUGAAUCAGCAAUACUUGCCCUAGAACCAUUGCAACCAAAAAUUGAAAAUCCUACUGAAUACAAUAUUAUUGAUACAUUUCUGUAUGCUUUAGCUAUAGGAAUUUCAUUAACAAUUAUUGGGCUAAGUGUUAAACUUAUAUGUAAUAAAAUAUCAAAAAAUCUUAAACAAAGAAAAAGAAGAAAGCUUCAGUAUGAAUUUAUGGAUGCAGACACAUCAGACUCUGAACAUGAAGAUAAUAAAUUCGAUAUUAGAACAUAUAUUUCCAGCUCACAUAUCACCAGAUAAUGUGUAAUAAAUAAAAGCUCAUGUAUCUUAUAAUUACAAUAUAUUAAGUUAAAAAAGUAAAAUACAUUCUCACUUGUUUACUUUACUUCUUUUACUUGU